AUACAUAUGUAAAAAAUUUCUUUUCCACCGAAAUACCUAACAUAAAAGCAUACUGGUGUUAUUUUCAAUUAACUUAAAGAAAAUGUCACGAGUAGAUACAGAUUUCGAUAUUGCUUGCGAAAAAGUUAGGGCCUUCACCAAACGUCCCACCGAUGAUGAAAUGUUAGCAUUCUAUGGACUCUACAAGCAGGCCACCGUAGGAGAUUGCAAUAUCCCUGAACCCAGUGAUGAAGAUUUAACUGCCAAAGCAAAAUGGAAUGCAUGGAUUAGAUACAAAGGUAUAAUCAAGCAGGUGGCCAAGACUGGUUAUAUUUUAACCCACAAGAAGUAUGCCCCACAAUAUGCCUAAGGUUUACCAUAUAUAUUUUUAGUUCUUGACUGAUUAUGUAGUUAAUUAUGUAUAUGGUUAUGUUAAACAAACAGUAUUAA